AUGUUUGCUUCUCUGCUUGCAGUUUUUGUGUGUGUUUGUGUUGGACUCAUUGUACUUUCAUGGUUAUCCAUCCAGGAGUUAGAACAAGCUGAAGCAGAUGGGAAUGCUCAUGGCUACGUGGGAACAUUUGAAAUACUUUCUGGGACAUCAUUCACUCCUGCUUUGCAAAACAGAUCAUCAGCUGAUUUCAAAAUCCUUGCCUUCGAUGUUGAACAAUUGAUACAAAAAGCCUUUCAAGCAAGCGAUCUGAAAAACAGAUUUGAGAGAUGUGAAGUUUCUCAGUUCAAGAAAUCUGAAGACGGCGAUGAAAGAUUAGAAAAUUCAGAGACUGGUGUUGUUGUGAUCUUCAACCUUUAUUUUACCCAGAGGGUAACUGUUGAGAAAAUAAAAAAUGAGCUGGUUUUGGGUAUCAACGCAGAUAAAACUAAUCUUACCCAGAAUUUGAAAAUUGAUGUGAACAGCAUACAAGUCACAGUCUGCAUUAGAAGAGAUUUAUUUUGUGAUGGAGUGUUGGACUGCCUGGAUGGUUCAGAUGAAUCUGAAAAAAGAUGUGCUGCAGUUUGUGAUGGAAAAUUUAUGUUGACUGAUUCUUCUGGGUUUUUUCACUCUAUGAAUUAUCCAAAACCAUAUAAUGCAAAUAUCGUUUGCCAAUGGAUUAUACGAGUGCCUCAAGGAUUAUCCAUCAAACUGAACUUCACUUCAUUUGAUACACAACGGUAUUCGGAUAAUUUAGAUAUUUAUGAAGGUGUAGGACAAAACAAGAUUUUAAGAGCUUCUCUAUCAGGGACUAAUCCUGAGACAAUUUAUAUUUUUUCUCAUGAGGCUACAGCACAGUUUACAUCCGAUUAUUCUGAAAAUUACAAUGGAUUUAACGCAACAUACACUACAUUUAAUGCAAAUGAACUAAACAAUUAUGAGAAGGUCAGUUGCACUUUUGAGGACGGUUUUUGUUACUGGAUACAACAUUUAGAUCAUACAAUUGGUAACACUUCAGGAUUUUAUAUUUCAACACCCAUAGGACUUGGAUUCAUAGAAGAGAGAGUCCGGAUUCUGAGUUUGCCUUUGCUUUCUUCAGAUCCUUCUUGCCUAAGCUUUUGGUAUUUCAUGUACGGUACUAAUGUUUACCUUUUAAGAGUUAGCACAAGUAAUGAGCAUGGUUUGGAAAAGAUUAUUUUCCAGAGACAAGGAAACUACGGAAACAUGUGGAAUUAUGGACAAGUAACUUUAAAUGAAACAUCUGAUUUUAAGGUUAUUUUUGAUGCCUUUAAAAGGAGUGGUCCCAGUGAUAUAGCCUUGGAUGACAUUGGCCUGACAAACGGAAAGUGUAAUGAAAGUAUUUAUGUAGAGCCAACUGUGAUUCCAGCUGCCACUACUGCCCCUUCAGUUCCCACUGAGUGUGGAGGGCCAUUUGAACUAUGGGAGACAAACAGUACAUUCAGCUCUGAAAACUUUCCAAACAAUUACCCUAAUCAAGCUUCUUGUGUGUGGUACUUAAAUGCUGAAAAUGGAAAAAACAUUCAACUUCAUUUUCAGGUUUUUGAUCUGGAAAAUAUUUAUGAUGUUGUUGAAGUCAGAGAUGGCAGAGGACCAAAUUCCUUACUUUUAGCUGUCUAUACAGGACAAGACCCAUUGCCAGAUGUCUUCUCUACAACAAACCAGAUGACAGUAAUCCUCUUUACAGACAAGUCUGAAACAAAGAAGGGAUUUCUUGCAAACUUUACUACUGGCUACCGUCUAGGAGCUUGUGCCACUGAUGAGUAUCAGUGUGGUAGAGGGGAGUGUAUACCACUGUAUAACCUUUGUGACAGCCUACCUCAGUGUGAAGAUGGCUCUGACGAAGCAAAGUGCGUGAGAUUGCUUAAUGGUUCUCUAAGCACCGAAGGGCUGGUACAGGCCAGGAUUGGGAAGAUGUGGCACCUGGCAUGUGCAGAUGAUUGGAAUGAACAAAUUUCAGACAGUGUUUGCCAGCUGCUGGGGUUAGGGGAUGCAAAUGCGUCAUCAACUGUAUUGUUCACUGGAGAUGGCCCGUUUGUCAACAUCACCAAAGCUGCUAACCACAGCCUAAUAUUUACAAAAAGAGAACACUGUUUGAACAACCUUGUGGUUCAUCUGCAAUGUAACAUUAAACCUUGUGGAAAACACCUGGUAACUCAGAACAAUGGAACAAGGAUUGUAGGUGGAAGUGAUGCCAGAAGAGAGGCUUGGCCUUGGAUGGUCUCACUCCAUUUUAAUUCCGGACCUUCUUGCGGAGCUUCCCUUGUCAGUGAUGAAUGGCUGGUGACAGCAGCCCACUGUGCAUAUGGGAGACAAUUAAAACCAUCUCAAUGGAAAGCAGUUCUUGGCUUGUAUGUCCAAUCAGAUACGACACAGUCUUCAACAGUAGUUCGAAACAUCGAUCAUAUAGUUAUAAAUCCUCAUUACAUGAAGCGUACAAAAGAUAGUGACAUUGCUCUCAUGCACCUUCAACAGAAAGUGCAAUAUACAGAUUACAUACAACCUAUCUGUUUACCAGAAGAAAAUCAACAGUUUUUGCCAGGAAUUAACUGCUCCAUUGCUGGCUGGGGUAGUAUUACUAACGAAGGUGUCACUUCAGAUAUAUUGCAAGAAGCAGAGGUCCCUCUCAUUUCAAAUGAAAAAUGCCAACAACAGAUGCCAGAAUACAAUAUUACUGAAAAUAUGAUCUGUGCGGGAUAUGACAUAGGAGGAGUAGAUUCCUGUCAGGGAGAUUCAGGUGGCCCUCUGACAUCUGAAGAUGGUGACAAGUGUUUUUUGGUUGGUGUAACGUCAUUUGGCUAUGAGUGUGCACUUCCCAAACGACCUGGAGUGUAUGUUCGAGUCACCAUGUUUGUGGAUUGGAUAAAAAAAGUCAUCUAUUAG